AUGGAUGGUUUAGGAGCAAAGGUAUUGAUCAUUUUCCUACUGCAAUUGGGACUAUGUACAGCGUUUCCAGUUCCACUCAAUUGUUCAGACCCAAAUAGACUUUGCUCUUCCUUCUUGGCUUUCAAGCCCACUUCAGAACAGACUCUUCCAGUGAUUGAGAGCAUGUUUGAUGUAUUGUCCAAAGACAUAACUAUUGAAGGUAAUGGUAGGGAUUACGUAUUCAUCAGAAAGAACUGUUCUUGUGCUCCUACUAUCAAGGUGUACUUGAGCAACACCACAUAUACUGUGAGGGAAAACAAUGGAUCUGUUUAUGAUAUGGUAACGGAGGCCUAUCAUGGGUUGGCCUAUUUCUCAUCAAAUUUCACUAGGGAGGCGAAGAAAGGAGGGGUGGUGUCACUGCGGCUGAUGUGUGGUUGCUCCAGUGCCUUGUGGAAUUACUUGAUGAGUUAUGUGUUGAGAGAUGGAGACAGUGUGGAGUCUCUGGCUAGCCGGUUCGGGGUUAGUAUGGACAGCAUUGUGACAGCUAAUGGGCUUGACAAUCCUGAUAAUGUAACUGUUGGGCAACUCUACUUCAUUCCCCUGAAUUCAGUUCCUGGUGAACCAUACCCAGUGCAGAAUGAUAUAGCUCCAGCUCCAGUUCCGGAAUCGUCAGAUGGUGAUAUUGCAGCAACCCAGGUCAAACACAAGUCGCAUGUUCCAAUGUGGUGGAUCAUUGGAAGUUUGGCAGUUGGUCUACUGCUUAUCAUCAUACUUGUAGUUGUCUUUAUAUCCUUAAGAUCAUCGAGUUGUUGUCGUGGAGCUCUGGGGGAUGGAAAACAUCCUCAUAAAUUCCAUAUUCUCCGGAAUGCAAGUUUCUGUUGUGGUUCAGGAAGGGAUGCCUGUCGCAAAUCUGAGGACUGGAAACAACCUACUGGGGAAACCAGCAACCGCCAUGCAAAUAUUCCCACAGUUAUAAGUACUGAUGUAUUUGACAUGGAAAAGCCCGUUGUUUUCACAUAUGAAGAAGUUCUUUCUUGUACUGAUGGAUUUUCUGACUCUUAUCUUCUCGGGCAUGGAAGAUAUGGUUCUGUAUAUUACGGAAAUCUUCGUGAGCAGGAAGUUGCGAUCAAAAGGAUGACAGCCACUAAAACUAAAGAAUUUAUGGCAGAGAUGAAAGUUCUAUGCAAGGUUCAUCAUACAAAUUUGGUUGAACUGAUUGGUUAUGCUGCCAGUGGUGAUGAACUCUUCCUCAUUUAUGAACAUGCUCAAAAGGGAUCUCUCAAAAGCCACUUACAUGAUCCGCAACACAAGGGUCACACACCUCUUUCGUGGAACAUGAGGGUUCAGAUUGCAGUCGAUGCUGCUAGAGGCCUGGAGUACAUACACGAGCACACUAAGCCUCAUUAUGUGCAUAGAGAUAUCAAGACUAGCAACAUUUUACUUGAUGGUGCCUACAGAGCCAAGAUUUCAGAUUUUGGUUUGGCAAAGCUAGUUGAAAAAACAAAUGACGGAGAAGCAUUGGCGACUACUGUUGUAGGAACAUUCGGUUAUCUUGCUCCUGAAUAUCUGAGGGAUGGACUGGCAACAAACAAGAGUGAUAUAUAUGCAUUUGGUAUAGUACUUUUUGAGAUGAUAUCAGGAAAGGAAGCCAUUACAAGAACUCAAGGGAGUGCAGGGAAAAGUGCUGAUAGGCGAUCAUUGGCAUCAGUGAUGCUGGCUGCUUUGAGAAACUCACCCGACUCCAUGAGUAUGUCAAGUUUAGCUGAAUACGUUGAUCCAAAUUUAAUGGAGUUAUACCCUCAAGAUUGUCUGUUUAAGAUGGCUCUGCUGGCAAAACAAUGCGUUGACGAUGAUCCUGUUCUUCGACCAGACAUGAAGCAAAUUGUGAUAUCGCUUUCACAUAUCCAAUUGUCUUCAAUUGAAUGGGAAGCAACUCUUUCUGGAAACAGCCAAGUAUUCAGCGGCCUUGUUCAAGGAAGAUAG